ACCAAUACGACGCGCCGGCCGGCCGACGGCCUGUCGUCGGAUUGGCCGACGACGCACCGCGGGCUCUAUGUGCUCUCUCGUGCGAUUUAAUUUCAGGACAAGGGGAGGGACGCGGGAGAGAGCGAGAGAGAAAGAGAGAGAGAGUCGUGACUCGCUUGGGAGAACGUAGCGUCGUCCACUGCCAUCGGAGUGUACGAGGAAACGGAUAGUGGUGUAGCUUAGCUCUCGUGUACGUUCGUGUUCGACUCGUCGUCGUCGUCGUCCGAGAUUAAAUCAUGGCGCGUACCAAGCAGACAGCCCGUAAGUCGACGGGAGGGAAAGCUCCUCGCAAGCAGCUCGCGACGAAGGCGGCUCGUAAAAGUGCACCGUCCACCGGUGGCGUGAAAAAGCCUCAUCGUUACAGGCCUGGUACCGUGGCUCUUCGAGAAAUCAGAAGAUACCAGAAGUCGACGGAAUUGCUGAUCAGAAAGCUGCCGUUCCAACGGCUGGUACGUGAGAUCGCGCAAGAUUUCAAGACCGAUCUGCGUUUUCAAAGUGCUGCCAUCGGCGCCCUGCAGGAAGCAUCCGAGGCGUACCUCGUCGGUCUCUUCGAGGACACCAACCUGUGCGCGAUCCACGCCAAGCGCGUCACUAUCAUGCCCAAGGACAUCCAGCUAGCCCGGCGAAUCCGCGGCGAGCGUGCUUAAGAGACGCUAUCUAACUCCCAUACAUACCGGUUACAAUUAUUAUUAUUAUUAUUAUUAUUAAUUAUUAUUAUUAUUAAUUGCCGUUCGCAAUUAUCGUGGAUGAAGCACAUUCAUUCCAAGCUACUACGUAUUGUGUUUUAUUUUAUAUAUUAGGUAGAAUUAUAUACAAAAUAUGUGUAACGUGCAUCGGUUUCUGCCAGAUGAACAUGAUUAUGAAUUGAAUACAAAGGAAUUCAUCGUUUUUUCGGAUCAAUCACUGAAUGGAACGUACAAAAGAAAAAAAAAGUCAUUUUCCUUUCUUCUUUCAUAACUCGGGCGAUCGAUGUUUCAGAAUUAACUUUCUACUUAUCAUUACAUUCAUCGAUAUCGGAAUUUUAACUUUUCGUUCAUUAUUUAUUGGUGUCAGAAUUGAGUUUUUGUUCAUUACCUAUCGGUGACGUCAGAAUUAAUCUUUUUCGUUUCAUUAUCUAUCGAUGGAUUAACUGUUGAAUGUCAUUAGUCAUAGGAAAAUUCACAGUAACGACGACACGCCUGACAUUAUCUCGCGCGUGUGUUAUUGAACUGGAAGAUUAACACGACGUAAUUGCAAUAUGCGCAAUUUUUGCAGUCGCGUUAGUCAUGGUUUGUCGGUGUGCGAACGUUAAUAUAACGUUUGUACAAAGCAACUUCGGAAGAUACGUCGUUAAUUUUUCCACAAAGUUAAACCCAGCGACUUAAGAAAGCGGCAAUUUUUAUUUCUCACUAUUUUUAUCCGCUUCCUUUAUCAUCAUUAAUAUUAAGGCGUUAAUGAUGGUCAUCAUAUUAUUAGUACUCGUAAAAAGUGUGCACUAGAAUAAGAUAUUCUCAUAGUGACCUAACGUAGCGUGCUUAACGUAUUAGAUUUUUUGAUUGUACCCGCAUUACAGAAAUCGUCUUGGUCACGAACAUUGUGUAAAAAAUUUGUGUAAAAAUAAACAUUUCGUAAAUAAAUCUUCUAAAUUCG